AUGCCGGGAGGGAGCCUUUUCCUAACUGACGUUCCUCCAAGCAGACGCGUCUCCUGCCAGGGCUCUGGUGGCUCACUGCCAACCUCCAGCUCCGGUAAACAGAAUCCUGCCCGUGUUCUCCCUGUGUUCACAGGUAAGGCAAACUGCCCUCACUAUGCCAGAGCUGAACUCCUGGCUGACUAUCUCCAGGCUAACUUGCCAGACUUCAGGGUUCACAAGAUCACUCAGCACCCUGACAAAUGGGAGCAGUGGCUUCAUGACAUUUGUGAAAUGAAUGGAUGGGAACACAGAGGGUCUCCUAUCGUUUGGAGAGAACUGUUGGACCGUGGAGGGAAGGGUCUGCUUCUGGGAGGAGUUAAUGAUUUUCUGGAAUAUGCUCAGCACUAUUAUGGCAUCACCUCAAUGAUGUCGAGUGAGGAAAUGUUAGACAUUGCUGAGGAGAACCUGCAAGCGCAUAUUGAAAUUGAAAAAGAAGAGGAAGAGAUUAAAAGUCUUAUCAAGCCUUUGCAGAUCUGGAUCACCAGUGCAUCAGCUUCAAUCUGUUAUCAGCUGAUCCCUCUGCUGGCCAAUGGAGAAGUGUUUGGGAUGACCACAGAAAUCAGUAUCCAUUUGCUUGACACUGACCAGUUUAAGGACAUUCUUUGCGGUAUUGUAAUGGAAGCUGAAGACAUGGCGUUCCCACUCCUCCACAGUAUUUCAGCGCACACUGAAAUAGAUGAGGCUUUUAUUCAAGCCGAUAUUAUCAUUGUUCUUGAUGAUGUCCUCUUAAACCAUGAAGUCCAAUCCCUUGAGAACUACAUCAGAGAAGUGAGUGAGAUCUGUCAAGUGUAUGCUCCCCUGAUUGAGAAGAAUGCCAAGAGUGGGGUCAGAGUAAUUUCAUCAGGAAAAACCUUUGUAAACCUUAAGGCGAUGAUGAUUAUGACAUAUGGCAAGUCCAUUAAGCCUGAAAAUGUCAUUGCCGUUGCAACAUCCUGGGAAAGUGCAGCUAAAGCCAUGCUGGCCAGGAAGCUGAAUAUGAAUGCAGCAGGAGUUAAAGACGUGAUUGUUUGGGGCAAUAUUACUGGCUGUAACUACAUCGAUUUGUCACAUGCAAAACUUUAUGGAUAUGACUGUGCUAUCUGGGGCCCAGCUAAUUUUCCACGUCCUUUGUUGAAUAUGAUUUAUGAUAGCGAGUGGAUCCAUUCAGAAUUUCUAUCUGCACAGAGUUCACUGAGUUCCCGGGUCUGUCAUUGUGUGGGAAUGUUACCUGCUCACGCAGUAGCCACUGUACUGAGACACUGGUAUCACGGCUCUCCUCCUGGGGAGAUCGUUUCUGUGGGAAUACUUACUAAAGGUCAAUUUUGCGUUCCUGAAGGGAUUGUCUUCUCUAUGCCAGUGAGGUUCCAGAAUGGUAACUGGGAAGUCAUGACAGAAUUAGAAAUUAAUGAAACGACCCAAGAAGUUCUGGGACGCUUAGCCCAUGAGCUCAUUCAGGAAAAGCUCAUUGCACUAAGGGAAAUAAAAGAAAUGCAUCCGUAUGGAGCUGAUAAAAUCACUAGUAAAAAAUAUUUGUGUCAAGGAAAAGACUACAGACACGAUAAGAUUUUCUUGAUAAAUGCAGAGUUUAAUUAUUCCACUAAUCAUGACCCUGAUUAA